AAAUAACAGAAUGUUGCACUUUAAGUUAUGAAUUAAUUAUAGCAUUUUAUUUCGAAAAGUAACUAAGAACGGAUAUCUGCUUGUUUUUUCGGUGGACUUGACGAAGCUACUGCCGUGCGGGGUGGCUAGUGGCUACAUCGACCUUGGUGGCGAGCUAAGAAUGGCUGGGAAUGCGUUGAGGUCAGCGAUUGUUAAUCUACUAAGAAAGUGGCGUUUAUCGAUCAAUGGCCAGGAUAAAUUCAAGGCAAAUGAAGUGCCCCGGGUGGCAGCCGCCUUAAAGAAGGACACCAGAAUGUUCUCCAGUGGGAUGCAAACUGUUACUUUAAUACCGGGUGAUGGAAUUGGACCAGAGAUCUCCACCGCUGUCAUGAAGAUAUUUGAAGCAGCAAAGGUACCUAUUCAGUGGGAGGAAAGAAACAUUACAGCCAUCAAAGGGCCUGGAGGGAAGUGGGUGAUUCCUUCAGAUGCCAAAGAAUCAAUGGACAGAAACAAAAUGGGCCUGAAAGGUCCUUUGAAGACGCCAAUCGCUGCAGGUCAUCCCUCCAUGAACCUCCUGCUGAGGAAAACCUUUGACCUCUACGCCAAUGUGCGCCCUUGUGUUUCUAUGGAGGGCUACAAGACGCCCUACGCGGACGUGAACUUAGUCACCAUCAGGGAGAACACAGAGGGAGAAUACAGUGGGAUUGAACAUGUGAUUGUUGAGGGCGUGGUGCAGAGUAUUAAGCUCAUUACGGAGCGAGCAAGCCAACGCAUUGCAGAGUAUGCGUUUGAAUAUGCCAGAAACAACAAGAGGGCCAGUGUCACGGCUGUCCAUAAGGCCAACAUUAUGCGCAUGUCAGAUGGGCUCUUCCUUCGAACGUGCAGAGAGGCUGCCGAAAAGCACAAAGAUAUUAAAUUCACCGAGAUGUACUUGGAUACUGUGUGCCUCAAUAUGGUGCAGGACCCUUCACAGUUUGAUGUUUUGGUGAUGCCAAAUUUGUAUGGAGACAUCCUGAGUGAUCUUUGUGCUGGGCUUAUUGGAGGACUUGGAGUGACCCCCAGUGGAAAUAUCGGCACCAAUGGUGUUGCCAUUUUUGAGUCUGUUCAUGGAACUGCCCCGGAUAUAGCAGGAAAGGACUUGGCCAACCCCACCGCCUUGCUGCUCAGUGCGGUCAUGAUGCUGCGCCACAUGGGCCUGCACGACCACGCCAGGAGGAUCGAAACUGCCUGUUUUAACACCAUUCGAGACAAAAAGGUUUUAACCGGAGACCUCGGAGGAUCUUCAAAAUGCUCAGAAUUCACAGAAGCAAUAUGUCAACAAGUGGGAGAUAUCGAGUAGAAGGGUCUGAUCGUUUAGUUUUUUUGAGCACAUGCACAUGAACCAAAAAAUAUAUUUAAAUGGUCUUAGGA